GUAGUCGCGGCGCGCCAGUCCGCCACUUGCAGCCGAUUUGCACAGUCGUAAAGUUUUGUCGUGUUUCUACUCAUUGCUUGUCAAAUAUUCUUCUUCAUUCCGAGUGCGAAUUUCAUCAAAUGAAGCUCAAUUGAGAGAGCGCUAAAGCCGUAAUAGAAAAAAUCACAAUAAAUUGGACAUCGGAAUGAUUCAUAAAUACCAAAACUAGAGUUAGAGGUGAAAAACGACUGCGGACUGACGACACAAAACAUGUGACCGCUGCGGUGCCUUUCAAAAACCGACGAGUAAAAAAGGGAGGGCAGAAAGGUGGUCAAGUAAGACCGUGAGACAUGUGGAAGGGAACACGGAUACUUCUGAUACUUAUGGCUUUCAUAACCAGGCUUCAGUUCUCGUUUCAACAGAAGCCAAGACUUGGUGGUGCCAUAAAUGUAUUCAGUCGUUACGGAUAUCUCAGUAUUAGUAUGAGGGUAGUACCGCGUAAUGAUAGCGAUACGUGGAUCUUCCGUGAACCGACCCUUGACGUCUUUCACAAUCCUCAAGCUGCACCGAAUAAAGAAAGCAAAACUACCGUAAUAUUUGAUGGUGAUUUUCACAUGGAAUUCUGUGACAAUGUUCGGCAACUUUUACAGGCCUAUUUCCGAGACUUUACAUUCGAACGAUUGGAAAAACCGUGGAGGGCUUUCACUGGAAGCUGGUCACGCGCAGCAAUAGCCAGACACCUUGGAAUCAAUUCAUCCUUCAUCACUGGCGAUCAGUGCUAUGUCCUCGUACGAGUAGCGCGCUUCCGUGAGUCUAAGAAGUUAGCCAUUGGCGGGGGCAUCAAUGCCCUCAUGCUUGAUGAGACGGUAGCACGAGAAGCAGGCAACGUUACAAUAGGUGAUACAGCGAGUGUUAUUCGCUUUAUCAAAAACUUUGGUUCGCAUUACAUUGCCAGCUAUAUAACAGGAAAUUCCUUAUAUCAGGUGUUCGUGUACAAACCCCAAAUCUACCUUCGCAUAAAAGAACGUCUAAAAAGUCGUGGUGUAGCUGAUUUAACAACUCUUGAGCUAAGCAAUUACUUCUCACCAUGGUACGCAGAACAUAUGGGUGCUAUACAAUCAGCUUCUGGCAAUCGAUCUGUCGAAUCCUGGGCGGUAGAACAACUUCGUAUUCAAUAUUACAUAUUUACUUAUGCCAGCCUCUUAAAACUUCACGGUGAUGCUGCCCUCUUGCGGCAACUUGACUCACUCCUUAAGAACGAAGCAUUACUGCAAUUGCACUUACGUACUCUAGCACCGCUUUUUAAAGAAAUUAAACGACGUGAAUGGUUCCAGGAAGUUGUCGAUAAUUAUUUUAAACUGUGGGAGGUUAACAUGUGAUUAUAAUAUCUGAUUAAUUCACGAAUUCUUAAUUUAAAUACAGUAGAGAAUGCAUAAAUACGCAAUUUCUCCGAACUAUCUUUGAUAGUGUAAACUCGUAAACGAAAUAUAUAUAAUUUUUGAC